AUGUCCUUCUUAUCUUUUAUCGCAACCGGCAAUAUUUUAUUGAUUUUAUUUAACAUAUGUGAAACUAUUGUUUGCCCAUCUUCAUACAAUUCAAUAUUUAAUGGAUGUUAUAAAACAAAUAAUGGUACAGAUUUGGCAUGGUCUGAUGCUCGACAAUAUUGUAUUAAUGAUACAAAUCGAUUAGGAAUCAAUAAAACAGGCAGUGUUACUCAUUUGCUCGCAUUCGAAUCAGCAACUGAAACAAAAUCUUUAACUUUUUGGAUGAAAGCUUGGGGUAUUCAGGGUUCAUUUUGGAUUGAUGGUACCGUCUCUUCAUCAUCAUGGAAUUGGUCAGGUCAACCGAUAACAUGGUAUUUCAAUUCAAGUGAUAUAACAAUUAAUAAUAAUGGAUCGAAUUAUCAAAUUUUCUAUGAUACAAUUCAUAAUUCUUAUACAAUAAUUGAAAAUAUCAAUAAUAAACUGUUACCCUUUAUUUGUGAAUAUCAAGAUACAUGUGGAACCAAUAAUUCAUGUCAGAAUAAUGCCACAUGUUAUUUAAAUGUUGGCCGAGAGCUUUGUAUUUGUGCAGCAGGAUUUACUGGAACAAUAUGUGACGAGCAAAUCGAUGAAUGUUUAUCAACGCCUUGUCAACAUGGAGGAAAAUGUAUUGACGGUCUUAAUAAUUAUACUUGUGAUUGUUCAGAUGUAUUUUUCAUUGGAUCAAACUGUGAAACACCUGAUAUUGAUCCAACAAAAAAUCAACGUUCAGCUGCAUUUUGGACUGUCUUUGGUAUUGUAGGUAGUUUAGUAGUCUUAUUAACAUUAUCAGAUUUACCAUGGGACGAAAUUUCUACGGCUAUUGGAUGUCCAUGGUAUCGAUUUAAAUGUUGUUCAAAUCAUGAUAUUGGUGACGAGGAUGAAGACGAAAUUAACGUUAAUAAUCUUCGUUCAACUGAUUCACCAAUAAAUGAAAAUAAUUUAUUAACAAAGAAAAUUAUACCACCUGGUGCAAAAACAACAGGAACUAAUUAUCAUGUUAUGGAUGUAGUAUGGAAUCCAGAGCACUUACCUGAUGAAAGUAAAACACCGAACAAUGUAGGCAUUCAAUCGUUUGCAACUGCUUUUAUUGCAAAACAAAAAGAGAAAAAAUCACAAGAAAAAUGCAUUUAUGCUGCUGAUAUAGUUGAACAAAAUAAUUCAACAUCAAAAAUGAAAAAUUCCGCUGAUACUAUGAUAAGUUGGACUCAACAAUUACAAGAACAAUUAAAAAGUAAACAGUCACACCCAAUCAGUGCAAGUUCAACAAGAGAAUUAAUUCAAACGGACCACAGCGAUGAAAGUUAG